AUGAGGUGGUUGGAUAUCCGCCUUAUUCGGUCAACUCUAUUGAAUUUGAUGGAGUUAAAUUACGGUCAGGCUAUUAUGGAAAUUCUAGAAUACACAAAGACAGUUCGAGACUUGUGUACUCAUAAACAAAAGAAGAAGAUGGACCCAAAGAUUGUUCAAGUUAUCGGACAACUUGUCGAUCUCAUGCUUGGGAACCUAACAGUUCCUAAGUAUGUUGAUCUAGCAAGUCCUAUGAUAAAGAAAGAGGAUAACCUUUUCUAUUCCAUUUAUUACAUCAGAAAAAAUUUCAUUGGAGAAGAGGUAAACUACAUGGUAACUGAAAAGAAGUUCUUAGUUGUUGUUUAUGCAAUCAACAAGUUUCAUCAUUAUAUCACUAGGUAUAAAGUGUUUGUUCAUACUGAUCAUUUUGCAAUUCAAUUUUUGAUGAAUAAGCCUGUUGUAACUAGUAGAGAAAUUAGAUGGUUACUUUUUCUUCAAGAAUUUGACAUUACUAUACUUGAUAAGUCUGGCCGUGAGAAUGUGGUUGCAGAUUUCUUGUCCAGGUUACAACAACAAGAUGAACUAGCACCAGUUGAUGAUACUUUUCUUGAUGAGAAUCUUUUUGCCAUUUCAGCAAAAAGCCCAUUGUUUGUGGAUAUAGAAAAUUACCUUGCUACAUGCCUAUUUCCAUCGCAUUUCUCUCCAUGGGAACAUUAG